UUAUUUUUUUUCAUUCUACCCAACAAAGUACCAAAUAGUGGGUCUCACUCUCUCUCUCCCCCGGUUUGGGUCUCAAGCGUAAACCCGAAAUGGCGGUUCCAUUUUCCCUCCUUUUUCAAAACUCCAAAAUCAUCUGAAACCUUCGAUUCAUAUUUCGACUUUCCCUCUUCUUUCUUUACCACCAAAAGCUAAAUCUUUCAUCAAAUCUCUCCUUCCUUUUCAACGCCCACAUUUUCAUUUUUGAAUUGUCCCCCCCCAAAAAUUGCCCCAAAUCCACUCCUUCCAAGAACCCUAAUUUCAUCACCAAAAUCCACAUAUCCAUUUCCUCUCUCUACAAGUCUUCUCUCUCUAAUCCAAUGGAUACCCAGGUCACAAAAACUCCAGAAACCGACUCUACACCCACAGAUUCAGUUGAUCUCCAGCAAACCAUAGAUGGGUCUGCGCCGAAUUCACCUCCUACUCUGCCCCCUGAACAAACCCUAGAUGAACUCCUUCACUCAUCACCGGUUCUUGUUGAACCAGAUAUAGAUAAUUCAUCUCCUUGCGGUGAUGAUGAUAAAUCUGAUUCGGCGUUGUUUCAUGAUAUGGAAUCACUAAAGGGCGAAGACGAAGAAGAUGAACCAGACCCAGUUCAUUCUUCGCCGGUCAGUACGUUUUCGAUGUACUCGUCUGGACAUUGGUCUAGUUGGUCUACGCCUCGGGACUCCCUCGGAGCCACCAAGUCUUCGUCGUCGAAUUGGUCUGAGUGGCCUUCAGUAGAAGAUACUGAGCCGUUGGAUUUCGAUUGGUCUCAAGAAAAUGAAACCAAGUCACUGGUUCAAAUUUCUCCGGCCUUGUCUAGUGAGAUUAAACCAUCUGUGGUGGGUGCAGGGCUUGUAAAUUUGGGCAACACUUGCUUCCUUAAUGCAGUGUUGCAAUGCUUUACACACACUGUGCCACUUGUUCAAGGUCUUCGUUCAUUCAAUCGCACGGUGCCUUGUGAUUUUGCAGUUGAUAAUGAAGGGUUUUGUGUGCUUUGUGCUCUUCGUGGCCACAUGGAACUUUCGCUAGCUUCUACUGGCAGAGUUGUCUCCCCACUGAAACUUGUUGACAAUUUGAGCUAUUUUUCAUCUAGUUUUCGGAGAUUCCAACAGGAAGAUGCCCAUGAGUUCCUGCAAUGCUUGUUGGAUAGACUUGACAGUGGUAUUCAGUUGAAGACAAAGGAUAAAACAUUGUCUUCACAUGAUGACAACUUUGUGAAGCAGGUUUUUGGUGGUCGGCUCAUUAGCAAACUUCGAUGUUGCAACUGUGGUCACCGUUCUGACACUUAUGAACCCUUGAUUGACCUAAGCUUGGAAAUUGAGGAUGUGGAUUCCCUUCCAAGUGCUCUCCAAUCGUUCACCAAAGUGGAAAAGAUCGAAGAUCCAGAGACAAAGUUUACAUGUGAAAACUGCAAGGAAGAAGUGUCAGUAGAGAAACAGCUUAUGCUAGAUGAGGCCCCUUCAGUUGCUGCAUUCCAUCUAAAGAGAUUCAAGAAUGAUGGGUCUUAUGUUGAAAAGAUUGAUAAGCAUGUGGAGUUCCCACUGGACUUGGAUUUGCUUGCGUACACCAAUGGCAACCAGAAUGAUAAUGUGAACUUGAAAUAUGAUCUGUAUGCAAUUUUGGUGCAUAUUGGUUUCUCAUCUACUUCUGGGCAUUAUUAUUGCUUCGUUCGGUCCAGUCCAGACACAUGGCACAAGUUGGAUGACUCUAAGGUUACUAGAGUUCGAGAAGAUUUUGUGCUUUCUCAAGAGGCCUACAUUCUUUUCUAUGCCAAGCAGGGCACGCCCUGGUUUUCAAGUUUUAUUGAAGCAGAAAAGCCUUUCUUUGAUCCAAAUAUAUCCAACACUUCACCUAAGUCGGUGUUAGAUAAUGUGGAUCACAAUUGUACAUUGUCUCCUAAUGGGGAGAAUAGCCAUAAUUUUGAAGCCAAUGAAACCAUAGAUACUACAAAUGGAUUUUGUGAAGAGUCUUCUAGAGAAUCAAGACAUGAAGGGAUUGCUCAAGAUGACUCUCACAGUCCCAGUAUGUACACUCCAGUAUCAGUUGGGGUAAGUAAUUCUUGUGGUGGAACCUCUGAGGUUGAGAAAACGUGUGCCGUAUCCCCACUAGGUGAAAAUAAUUGCAGUAGGAAGUCCAAUGAACUGAAAAACAAUGUCAUCACCCCUCAAACUCCACCAAGGUCUCCAAGCCCUGAUCUAUAUGCAGAAGAGCCUCCAGAAUUGAGUUACUCGAUCCCGCUUAGUCAUCUGAAAUUAAAGAAUAAGGUGUCUUGCAAACGCCCAUUAAACAAGGAUCUGGAGAAUCCGGAGAAAAAACAGGCUUAUAGAAUGUUGAAAAACAUGCCUGGUAAAAGGGGCUCUCGAUUGUUGGCUGCCAUGGAGGGGUCUAAUAGUGAAGGUUCUCUGAACAAGAGGAGCAGAAGAACAGGGUGGUCUCAUUAAGGAGGUGGCAGCCUCCUCAGGUGAUUAUUGUAACCCCAAUCUUACUUUCUUUCAUGCGACUGGUGGCUGCCGGAGAUUUUUGCCGAACAGGUGGUGAAGUCUAGGUGAAAAUAAUUGGUCUUCGUGUCUUUUCCAAAGUAGAUGUUACUGGAUAUUAAGUUUAACAGAUUGCCCUUUCUAGCUGCAACCAUCUAGCGUGGUAUGUAGUUUUGGCUAGCUAGGUUUGUUUAUACUUUCCCUUACAUGUAAAAGUUAGGGUUUAUUUGACUAUUAUAGUGUUUAAUUUUUUUAAUGAAGAGAAAGGUGUUUAGAUUAUGAACCAGAUUGAAAUUUCCUCUAAAGAAAAUGAAUUGUGAGUUGGUGAUUGAAUAAUUUUAAAAGUGGUAAGUUUAAUGAUCGAAUAUAGUUGUUUGGCAUGAGAUGACGAGAGUGAUUUGUCCAAUGCUGAGCAAUUCUGGUUUAAACAAAAGUGAAGGUGUAGAAGAAUCAGAGGACAAUUUUUGACCGUUUAAAAGUAGUGUCUCACUGAAUGCUGUAAAUGUUCUAAUACUGAGUAAAUUACACAAUCGAAGAAGAUUUAGAAAAAUCAUCAACUUGAAAUAAUUUUUGAUGAAAAACCGAGGGAAGUUUUUUUUUUUUUUUUUUUUUUAACUGUGGAAAGUUCCUUUCAAACAUUAGUUUUGGAGAAAAAUUUAAUUGAGCCGGUUGUAGUGAUGUUAUGGUAUCAUUAAUUUAUUAAACAUUGUUAUGUAGUGAUAAAAUCUAUUGAAAUAAAUCACUUUUAUUUAUAUGG